AUGGCUCUGGACUGUUUGUCGGCAGUUCGAACACCCAAGGCCAGCUGGAAUAGGCCACCCCCUGCAGAGUCUUUGGCGACGACGCCCAAAGCUGCAGGAGCCAGGAAGCCCGAGGACGAGGGCGGCUGCCAUUCUGUGACGAAGGCAGAUGAGAGCAUGAUGGGGUCGAACAUGAACCCGAUGGCCAUGACGAUGGGUAUGAACCCGAUGGCCAUGAUGAUGAUGGGCGCCGCGAUGAUGGGCCAGGUCAUGAUGGCCGGCUCCGGCGCUGCAGACAUGGCCGCGCAGCAACAGAAGCUGCCCGCAGCAGAUGACGACGAUGAGGAGGACACGGGCUCCUAUGGCUCGUCCUUCAACGUGAACCAUCCCAACUACCGGCCCCCCGACAUGGAGCAGAUCACGGGAGUCACGGACAAGAGGUUCGUUGGUCGAAUCAAAUUCUGGUUCGAGAACAAGGGCUUUGGCUUCAUCGAGAGCGAGGAAUUCUCGAAAGUUUUCGGUGGGGACUCCGACGUCUUCCUCCACCACUUCCAAAAGAAGCACUACCAGCGAGGAGACCUCGUUGAGUUCAGCGUGUUUACCAACUUCCGUGGAAAGCCGCAAGGCACAGAGCUGCGCAAAGUCAAGGAGGACAAAGCAAUGUCCAUGACAGGGGGCCUCGGUGGCAAAGGACACCGCUGA